AUGACGACACCUCCGCAAUGUGGACAACGAGCAUAUGUCAUGCCCGUCUGUGUUGCCUUCGUGGUCCCUAGGAAAAAAACGACGACAAAAAGCAAGAAGCCAGUGGUGACAUUCCAAGCCCAUGAUGGGCCGGUCUACAGCAUGGUCUCCACGGAUCGACAUCUGCUCAGUGCUGGGGAUGGGGAAGUGAAGGCCUGGCUUUGGGCAGAGAUCCUCAAGAAGGGUUGUAAGGAGCUGUGGCAGCGUCAGCCCCCAUACAGGACCAGCCUAGAAGUGCCUGAGAUCAAUGCUUUGCUUCUCGUCCCCAAGGAGAAUUCUCUCAUCCUGGCAGGGGGAGACUGUCAGUUGCAUACGAUGGACCUUGAGACCGGGACCUUCACACGGGCCCUCCGGGGCCACACAGACUAUGUCCACUGCCUGGCACUGCGGGAGCGGAGUCCUGAGGUGCUGUCAGGUGGAGAGGAUGGAGCCGUGCGACUUUGGGACCUCCGCACAGCCAAGGAAGUCCAGACCAUUGAGGUAUGUAAGCAUGAGGAGUGCUCGAGGCCACACAAUGGGCGUUGGAUCGGCUGUUUGGCCACUGACUCAGACUGGAUGGUCUGUGGAGGAGGCCCAGCACUCACCCUCUGGCACCUCCGAUCCUCCACACCCACAACUAUUUUCCCCAUACGGGCGCCACAGAAACACGUCACCUUCUACCAGGACCUGAUUCUGUCAGCUGGCCAGGGCCUCUGUGUCAACCAGUGGCAGCUGAGUGGGGAGCUCAAGGCGCAGGUGCCUGGCUCCUCCCUAGGGCUGCUCAGCCUCAGUCUCAACCAGCAGCCAGCAGCACCCGAGUGCAAGGUCCUGACAGACACAGGUAACAGCUGCCGCAUGGAUGUCUUCACGAAUCUCGGCUACCGCGCCUUCCCCUUGUCCUUCUGA